CCUCUUUGCAAGACUAAAACUGCCUGUUUUGGAUGGCCAGGAUGAGACAAGGUAGCUGUCUGUCAGGCAGGGAUGGAGCCAGUCCUUUUCAUGACAGCUUUAGCUCUGACUGGGAGACACCACUCAAAUAGGCAGCAAUCCUAGGAAAUGGCAGCUUUCUGGAAGUGCUGAAGGCAGCUUGGAGAAGGGAAAGAGGCAAGCCUUUGCUGGAGGAUUUUUGGCUCAGGUGUAAGCAGAGAGAGUCUGGCUGUGAUGAGAGAUCCCAUGAACAGAAAGGGGUCUAAGUCUGGGGGCUGCUCACCUGGGCAGUGGAUUUAAUACUUGGAGGAAAGGGAAGAUGUUGUGCUUCUUGUUACAGUCUGUUUCCAAAAUGUGACUGGAACCCUGGAGGAGACACCCCAUCAUCCAGCCUCCACUCUUGUGCAUGCAGACCUAUGUCUUUGGAAGCAACCACUCGUUAAGAGGCAAGCAGCCAAGAAGGCAGCGCUCCUAGCAGGGAAACUGAUCCUGAUCCUGUACCCUUUGGGCAUAUGGACUUCUUGGGUCGAUUUUUCUAGCUUUUUGCUGGACAACCUUCAGUUUUCUCUGACCAUGAGCUCCUCCUAAGAACUGGGAUUGGACUUCCUGAACCUCUGCUUCCCUUCCUUUCGGUUUGAUUUUGCUUUUUUUAAAAAGAAAAGUUUGAACCAUGAUCACAGUGAAUUCGGAUGGAAAAAUAAUGGUCAGAAGAUGUCUCGUCACCUUGAGGCCUUUUAGGAUAUUUGUGGCAGGCAUUGGAUUUUUCACUCUCUGCUUCUUAAUGACAUCCCUGGGAGGUCAGUUUUCAGCCAAAAGACUGGGAGACUCUCCAUUCACCAUUAGGACAGAAGUGAUGGGGACUCUGGAGUCAAGAGGAGUGCUGAGGAAAAUGAGUGAUAUGUUGGAGACAAUGGUGAAGAGGAUGGAAGUGCUAGCCAGGCUGGAGAAUAGCACAGACUUCCGGAAAGGGGAAGAAGCCCAUUUUCCAAUGGACAGGUUCCAUCCAGCAGCUGGUCUGAUGGAGAGGAUUCAAGCAAUUGCUCAGAAUGUCUCGGACAUCGCAAUGAAGGUGGAUCAGAUUCUUCGGAACAGUCUCCUAAAUGGAAAAUCCAUGGAAGGCCGACGGGACCAGUGUGAAGUGCCCAAAGAUCCCAGGUUCUCUGACUGCUCUGGAAAAGUCGAGUGGAUGAGGGCUCGGUGGACUUCGGACCCUUGCUACGCAUUCUUUGGUGUGGAUGGCACAGAAUGCUCCUUCCUCAUCUACCUCAGUGAAGUUGAGUGGUUUUGCCCAGUGCUGCCUUGGCGAAAUCAGUCAGCAGCUGCCCCUUCUUCCAACCCAUCACCCAGGAUACAGGCAGCUUUUCAGAGAGACCUCUCCUAUCUUCUGGAGCUAAUUGGCAGCGGCAAGGAGUCCUUGAUCUUCAUGAAGAAACGGAUCCGUCAUUUGGCUGCACAGUGGCUGAGGGCCUCUCAUAAACUGGAACAGAAACUGGAGGGCAAACACAGAGAUCAGAAGCAGAUUUUGAUCCACAUUGGCUUCUUGACAGAAGAAUCGGGAGAUGUUUUCAGCCCUCGUGUACUAAAAGGGGGUCCACUGGGAGAGAUGGUCCAAUGGGCAGAUAUAUUAGCUGUUCUUUACAUCCUGGGCCAUAGUCUGAAAAUCACAGUCUCUUUGAAAGAACUUCAGAGUAACUUAGGAGUGCCACCUGGUCGAGGUAAUUGUCCCCUGAUGGUUCCUUUGCCCUUUGAUCUCAUUUAUACGGACUACCAUGGACUGCAGCAGAUGAAGCAGCAUAUGGGCCUCUCCUUUAAAAAAUACAGAUGCCGUGUUCGAGUAAUUGAUACUUUUGGGACUGAACCUGCAUACAAUCAUGAGGAAUAUGCCACUCUGCAUGGAUAUCGAACAAACUGGGGCUAUUGGAACCUCCAUCCUAAACAGUUCAUGACAAUGUUUCCUCAUACACCGGAUAAUUCUUUCAUGGGGUUUGUGUCAGAAGAGCUCAAUGGGACUGAGAAGCAGUUUAUUAAAUCCAACAAGGCCAACAAUAUGGCAGUUGUCUAUGGGAAGGAAGCCAGCAUUUGGAAGUUACAGGGUAAAGAGAAGUUUCUAGCCAUCCUUAACAAGUACAUGGAGAUCCAUGGCACUGUUUAUUAUGAAACCCAGCGCCCACCGGAGGUUCCAGCUUUUGUGAAGAAUCACGGUCUUUUGCCCCAACAUGAUUUUCAGCAGCUUCUGAGAAAAGCCAAGCUCUUUAUUGGCUUUGGUUUUCCUUACGAAGGCCCUGCCCCUUUGGAAGCAAUAGCUAAUGGAUGUGUUUUCCUGCAAGCUCGUUUCAAUCCACCCCACAGCUCACUCAAUCAUGAAUUCUUCAGAGGGAAGCCAACAUCAAGGGAGGUAUCUUCUCAGCAUCCCUAUGCAGAAGAUUUCAUUGGAAAACCUCAUGUGUGGACAGUGGAUUAUAAUAAUUCAGAGGAGUUUGAAUCAGCCAUCAAAGCAAUUAUGAGUACUAAGGUUGAUCCUUUCUUGCCCUAUGAAUACACGUCUGAGGGAAUGCUAGAGCGAAUCCAUGCCUACAUUCAAAACCAGGAUUUCUGUGCUACUGCUGUUCUACCAGACAAGUCCAGCAGCCCAACUAUGCAAAGCUCUCUCAGUCCUUUCAUCCUACAACCCAAUUCAACUGCCCUGGUGUGGUCUCAUAAUGUAAGCAGCAGCCAUCUUCCAGCCUGGCCCCCAGUCAAGUCCUUGCAGGUGUGGCUAUCCGAGACUGGCCAAGCAUGCACCAGAACUUGUCAGCAGCACAAUUUAGUCUGUGAGCCUGAGUUUUUCAAGUUCCUCAACAAAAAAGAAGUGUUCCAGCAGUUCAACAUUGUUUGUGAUAGCACAGAGUCUGAGAUGAAUCACCUUUAUCCAGCUGUGGCCGAAAAUGUCCGGGAAUGCUACCUUCAGAAGGAUCAUCUGUUAUUCAGCUGUGCUGGAUGCAAUACGAAGUACCAGCGCCUCUGCCCAUGUCGUGAUUACCAGAAAGGACAGGUGGCACUCUGCAGGGACUGUUUGUGACUUCACUGAAGCAAGUGCGUGGCAACAUAACACAUGCACUGAGGGACUUUGUUUUGUUUUCUUUUCCCAUAGACUCUUCUGCAAUAGUCAAGAAGGAUCCAAAACUCAAGACAAUUCCAAGAAGGAAUUUAUUUUUGGAGACUUGCAAAAACACUCGAAUGCCAAUGACGUUGGUUUGUCUGCCAAUCAAGGAUGAAUAAUUCUUUUAGUGUUCCUUUACCACAACUCUUCUACCACUCCCAAAAAUCAUGUGGCACCUCUGAAGGAACUUAGAAGUUGAAAUCUUUUAGAAAGCAAAGCACCCCUUUUAGGAUCUCAUCUUCCUGAAACAUUAUUUUUUAUGAGGAAACUAAGUUCAAAUUAAAGC